AUGUAUACAAGUUGGAGUUGGAAGUUAUGGAGUACGCUCGGAGUAGCUUUGCGAAUACUUUUCAUUGACAUCCCCUCCGACAUUUACCGAUUCGUCAACCUUCGUCAGAAAGUGAGUAGGUUUCCAUUUUCCGAAACACAAAAGUCAUAGUUCACGCUGAAAUUUGUAUGUUUUAAUCUCAAUUUCACAGAACGUACAAGGCCAAACAGUGGUAAUUACGGGAGGUGGAUCUGGUCUGGGUCGAGCGAUGGCCUUGGAUUUUGCCAAGAGAAAAGCAAAAGUUGCCAUAAUUGAUGUGAACAAGGUUUCGUUUGGUUCCCAGCUUUCCAGGCUUCCACAAAGAUUCUCUAUUCAGGAAGGAGGGUUGGAAACGGUGAAACUUAUAGCGGCUGAGGGAAAUUUGGCAAAGUUCUGGUACUGUGAUAUCAGUAAUGUGGAGGAGAUGCAAAAAACUGCCAAGGAAAUUGAAGAUUUAUUUGGUAAAUUUAAAGGGGACAAAUGAAAACAAACGGAAGAUUUCAGGAGAUGCGGAUAUUGUCAUUUGCAAUGCUGCUAUCCUUUCCUUCACUUCGUUCAUGGAAAUUUCAAACGAACUCCUCAGAAAGUGUCUGGAUGUGAACAUUUUCGGCACCAUCAACGUAAGAUUUUCGGAUUUCAGAGGGACCCCAUAAAAUCUAAAUAUUCCCUCAUAUUUUCAGACAAUCCGGGCAUUCCUUCCUAAAAUGGAAGCUCGAAACGAUGGACACAUUGUUGCAGUUUGUUCAAUUGCUGGGUGGGCUGGAGAAACAAUGGGACUUUCCUAUUGGUACAAUAUUCUAGCAUAACUCUUCACAGUUUUGAAUAAUUUGGUUCAGCACAAGCAAAUUUGCCGUGAGAGGAGCCAUGGAAUCCCUACAAAUGGAGCUUAGAGAUCGAGGAUUGGAAGGCAUUAAGACGACAACGGUUAGUCCAGAAAUACUCCCAAAACUCCGUAGUUUUUCUCUUUUCCAGCUCUAUCCAUACUUUGCCCGCACGCCAAUGAUUCUGGAAAAUAAUAUGAGACCAACUUGUACAUGGUUCCCAUUCAUGAGCAUCAAAUCAUGUUCCCGCCGGAUGGUCGAUUCAAUUCUCAAAGAAAAAGUGCACGCUUUUGUUCCCUCUUACAUCACAUUGAUUCCAUUGGUGAAAAAGUGAGUGUCGCUGUUUUUUCUAGCCCGUUUUUCUCUGUCUUCAACUGUACGAUUUUCCUUUACCAAAGAGAGCCGCACGCACUUCUUCUCUGCAUCUCGCGCUCUCUCCGAAUACUUCCUUUAUCGAGGUCACCUAAAGUGUCGGGUAUUGAUUCAGGUAGUGCCCUCCCUCCCUUUUUCUUGCUUCCCGUUAUCGCCUGGAGAAUCGGGAAACUGUGUGCGUACGGACAGUUGGGUAGAAUGUACCCUAUUGUGUUCACGUGUUUUUCUUAAGUCUAGUCUAGUCAUCCAGUAAAUAUAUAAUACAAAUGUAAUUCUUUUCAGUUUCUGCUCACUGCAAGUGUGUCGAUCGCUUCGCAACUACCUGGGUGUCAAGUACUCCGCUUCGGAUCCGUCCUUGUGUAAAUUGAGACUCAUUGAAAUGUCAGAAUACUUCAAGACGCCGAGCAUUGUCUGGUGGCUCGUCAUCGUUCCAGCUCUUGCUAUAAACUAUGUAAGUUUUAAAGAUUUUUGAGUUAAACUUGAAUGUUUCGUUUCAGAUUGCUCAUGCCAAUCCGGAAGCAGCUCUCUCAAUCCCAGUGAUCGGAUCUCUGGUCCACAAUAUCGGAAUCAACUAUCCACUCUUCACACUUCUCACGAACAUCUUUGCUCUUGUCGCUCACGCCGGAGAAGCCUUGUACGCUCUGUAUCUGUGCCAUGAGGCCAAUAUCAGGUAAUUUUCCGUUUAACUCUUUCAAUCUAUGAUUUUCCCUUCUUUUUCAGCUUCGCUGCCACUGCAAAAUGGGUCGUCCAGACGUUCAUCCUCGGAUUCCCAUCGCUCUCCAUUCUCAGCCGAUUCGAGGCGAAACAACGGAAGAAUAAUUGA